AUGUCAGUCCACGCCCUUGCACUCUCUGCCUUCCCACGAGUUCACCAAGACCACUGUCCCGCAACUCAACCUUCUCAUCGGUUCUCGGUGGUCGAAGGCGACUGCCACCUAGGCGUAUGCAACUCAUCCCCAAAGAAGAUCCUCGACGCCCGCGACCUCGCGCCCGGUCAGAUUGGCGAGAACGUCACCACCGUCGGCAUCAACCUCCUCGCCCUGGGCAAAGGAACCAGACUACACUUCCUCCCCCCUCCCAUCACCACCACCCUUAACGGUAACGACAACGACAGUGGGGCUGAGGAUGAGGUGGACCUACAGACGCCACACGCGGUCGUCGUCAUCCAGGGGCUGCGCAACCCGUGUCCGCAGAUCGACCGGUUCCGGCCGGGCCUGAAGGAGCUGUUUGUUGUGCGGGACGGGGAGCGACGGAUUGUGGGGCGGACGGCGGGUGUGAUGGGGACGGUGGAGGUUGGGGGGGAGGUGAGGGUUGGGAUGAGGGUCGUUGUGGAGGAGGCUGAGGGGGGGUUUGCGGCUUUGGACUACCCACCAGGGUGGAUAGGAUAUCAUGAGGUGUAUCCAUGGCUGAAAGGCUCAGACUUACAGCAAAUGACAAGCCCGUAUGAACAAUACAUGUACCUAGAUUUCUUCAAAUCCGAGCCGCCAUUGCAUUCAUCUCCCUGGCCCGAGUUUUCACCCGCACCACAUAGGUCUGCAGCGGAUGAGGAGUUUCCCGCGUCAGACGGCAGUCAUCGGCAGCAGCAACCGAGGCGAGAUAACGCAGCGGGCGGCUGGUCGAACUAA